ACGGGUGGUUAAAAAAGGUGGUUCCCUCGCUGCGUCGGGCUGACAGCAGAGAGCUGUACAGUUAGCUAGUAGUAGGCUAUGUGCUGUAGGUUUCUCUGCAGGUCUACAUAGCGACACUUCACUCUGUGCGUGAUACGAUUGCGUGUGUGUAGGUGCGAGCCUCGGAGAAUCCAUCCCGCAUCAUCAUCAUAUUCCGCUCAGGUCACCUAGCGCUCGACUACCGGCAUUUUCCAUCUCCCGUCUCCGAAGAUGAUACCUGGCAAACGAAGGGCUGCAGUCAUGUUCUUCUCGGUGGCGAUUUUUGGAGCCCUGAUGCUGCAGUCCGUCUCUUCCCAGAACGAGCCGUCAAUCGCCGCCUCUGAAUCCAUCACAGUUUCUGUGGAAGGCGACUCAUACACACUGCAGUGCAACCUGACCAGCUCCCACAGUGCCCAACAGGAGAGCUACUGGAUGAAGAACGGGGAGGAGAUCCCGGAAACACGCAGCCCAAAUAAGAACACUGAGUACCUGCUGAAAAAAACAAAAGGAGAUUCUGCCGGAGUGUACAUGUGUGUCUUCACCUUCGCAAUGGCUCCUGCAGCAAACGCCACCAUCGAAGUUAAAGCUGCUCCUCAUAUUACAAGCCACAAACGUAGUGAGAAUAAGAACGAGGGCCAGCUUGCUGUGCUCUACUGUAAGUCUGUGGGCUACCCUUACCCUGUCUGGACAUGGCGCAAAUUGGACAACGGCAUUCCUAGGGAAAUUGACAACUCAACCGGACGCUUCUUUAUCAGCAGCAGAGACAACUACACUGAGCUCCACAUUGUCAACCUGGACAUUAAUUUAGAUCCAGGCGAGUACCACUGCAAUGCCACCAACAUGCUCGGCAGCCAUGACGAGAUGAUUGUGCUGAGGGUUCGCAGCCACUUGGCCCCCUUAUGGCCUCUUCUGGGGGUUUUGGCUGAGAUCAUCAUCCUGAUCGUCAUCAUCGUCGUUUAUGAGAAGCGUAAGAAGCCAGAUGAUUUACAAGACGAUGAUGACCAUGCAGGUCCAGUGAAAACUAAUUCAACCAAUAACCACAAAGACAAGAAUCUUCGCCAGAGGAAUACAAACUGAGCAGCCUGUCUGCUGAGUUCAUUCAUCAUUUCACAUGUAUUGACCAUAUGAAGGUAAACAAGAAGGGAAUCCAGUAUCUGUCAUUACAAGUAUGGUUGUGGAGGAGUUCAAUGAGGCAUGCCUUAUGAUUUUAUUGUGUGAAGGUGCGGAAAUGGAAUAUGAAUUAUUAACAUUAUAACCAUUGUUGCUGCAUGCAGUUGUUGACAUUUAUUUUUCCCUCUUAUUCACUAAUUUUAUAUUGUUACGACUUUUAAAAUAAUGCAUGCAAGAUGUUGACCUUCUGUUUGAUACAGAAACAAUUUUUUUUUGCUCUUUUCUCUGAGAGUGGCUUCAUUUAGAUAAUCAGUACUGUGUGUUCUAGAGGAAAAACAAAACUCGGCAAUGUAAAAGAAAAUGCCACUAUAAUCUGGUAUGACAGUUAUGUACAGUUUUAUCAUUCCACUGCAUACCAUUUUAUCAGAAACUAUCUAUUGCAUUUUAAGGGCUUCGCAAUGUCCCUCUAAAUUUGAUUAAAUGUUUAUUUUACUGUAUGUACUGUAUGUAUUAAAUCAUUAUAUCUAUGUAUCAGAUCUCCAUUAAUAUAAAGACUAUUCAAAUGAUAUGAUGCACUUAAAUGUUGAGGAUAACGAAAAACUGUCAAAACCUACAGUACUUUAGGAAACCUGUACUAAUCAUUCUAAUAUAUUGUUUUGUAAGUAUGUGUAUUGUACAGCAUGGCUAUUAUCCUAUGCAAUUAUUAUCCAUAUCAAUAUAUUGAAAAUCAUUGCAGCUUUUGAUUUCUCUGUGACAAAGCUUUAAACUAGUAGGAUCACCAUAGAGCGUUGAUGGCAUACUGCACAGCUGCAUGGAUUCUCUACAGCUGACGUGGGCGGUGGUGAAAGAAGCCCACGUCAGGACUGACAAGAUC